CAUUGCAGCCGUUUUUAGGUCAAAUUGGGUUAUUUAAAAAAGAGAAACCACGGGUGAACAACUAACUGGGUUAUCUUCUUCAAUCUUAAGAAACCCUAGAGAAACUGCUCGAUCAAGAAACCAUUCUUCCUCUUCAAUCCUGCUCGAUUAAGAGUUUGUAAUCUGUAGUUGUAUUAACCAUAAUCAAGAAAGAUGGAAAGCAACACUACCUCUAGCGAUGAACAAAGAUAUCAAGUUAGAAGAUUGGAAAUAACCGACAAGAACAAGGGAUUCAUGGAACUACUGCAACAACUUACAGUUUGUGAUUCUGUAACAGACGAAGAAUUCCAAAAACGAUUCGAAGAACUUAAAGCAUACGGUGAUGAUCAUGUCAUAUGUGUGAUUGAAGACCUGAAUUUAUCAAAGAUUGUUGCAACUGGAAGUGUGUUUAUCGAGAAGAAGUUCAUAAGGAGUUGUGGGAAAGUUGGACAUAUUGAAGAUGUUGUGGUUGAUUCGGGUGCUCGAGGGAUGCAGUUAGGGAAAAAAGUUGCGGGGUUUCUUGUGGAUCAUGCUCGUUUAACGGGUUGUUAUAAGGUGAUUCUUGAUUGCAGUGAGGAUAACAGAGCUUUUUAUGAGAAAUGUGGGUUUAAAAAGAAAGAAAUUCAGAUGGUCAAGUAUUUCAUUUGAGAUCAGAUACAAAUAACAUGAUUUUCUCUUCAUAAUUUAUUACAUGACUUGCAUACAACUUUGACAUUGUUGUUGUUGUUGACUUUCAUUGACUUACAACUACUCAUGCCUUCGUAAAUUUCUGGUCCUAAUUUAUUACA